AUGUCCGCCUGCUGUGAGCGCUCCUGGGUCUGCCCGACCCACAGCCAGGUCCGGGCCGCCUCGCACCGGCACCCUCCGCCCUAUGCGCGCUGGGACCUGGGCGCCGAAGCCCUCUGCCCGCGCCGGUGGCCCAAGCUCGGCUCCCCUGGCGGCCGGGCGGCUGCCGAGCUCGCAGGGCUGAGCCUCUCGAGCCCGAGCCCGCAGGAGCUGCUGAGGCUGGUGAGGCCGCCCUACUCCUACUGGGCGCUCAUCGCCAUGGCGAUCCAAGCGCCGCGCCGGCGGCUGACGCUCAGCCAGAUCUACCAGUACGUGGCUGGCAACUUCCCCUUCUACAGGCGCCGCAGGGUGGGCUGGCAGAACUCCAUCCGCCACAACCUGUCGCUCAACAACUGCUUCAAGAAGGUGCCCCGCGAGGAGGGCGACCCAGGGAAAGGCAAUUACUGGACCCUGGACCCAAACUGCCAGAAGAUGUUCGACAACGGGAACUUCAGAAGGAAAAGGAAGCGGAGAGCAGAGGCGGGCGCAACACCCUCCAGACUGCAAAGCCCUGCAGGAUCCCCGGGGCCCCAGGCCCUGGGUGCCCCCCGCCAGGCCCCCCAGACCUCACUGUCCCUGCCUGCGCCCGCGGCUGCCGCCUGCUUCUCCAGCUUCUCCUCAGCCAUGGGCGCGCUGACCGGCGGCCUCAGUACCUUCCCCGGGGGCCUGGCCAGCGACCCUUCUUUCCGGAGGCCCACGGCCGCGGUCGCAGUCCACAGUACCCCGGUCCCCGGCCCUGCGCCUGGCUUUGCCACCGGCCACCAAUCAGCAGCCACCGGUUUCCGCCUCGGUCACUUCGUCUACAGCCGGGAAGGGAGCGGAGUUUGA